AUACUACCUAACUCUUGAAUAUGUUUCAGAUGAGCUUUCAUCAUGUACUCGCUUUGGUGUGCCUGGUGGGCACUGCAAUGGCUGCUCACCGUAACCGCCGCACCACGACAACCCCGAAACCGAAGACACUUGAAGAUCUGAUGCAUGAAAAGAUGGAUGUCCUUGAGAAAUUGAUGGAAACUGUUGCUAGACAGGUCAUGCUUCAGCAGCUGUCUUACAAUGAGCGGAUCCGGACCGGCUACAACUCUGGUGUGAAACAGAUCCGGUACACAAGGGACGGUCCAAGGUCGUAUGACACAGAGUCUCACUCGGGACAACAGGCUGGUGCCAUUCAUGAUCACCCUGAACAAUAUCGGACAAUGGGACUUGGGGAAAUGGAUGUUGUCCUCAAUGGCAUCGAUUUCAGGACAAGACACAACGACUACAAGCUCCAAAUGCCGGACAACAAGAAGGUGAUGAAUGCAGUAAGAGACGUACCCUUCCCGCCCGUCCCCGACGCCGUCAGUCGUCUCAGCACCGCUAAGGAACAGGUGGCGGAGAUGCGGGAGUGGUUCUCUGCCUGGCAGAAUCAGAAUGAAACCCACAGACCAUACAAGAGCCACUUCACGCCAGCACUGUGCUACCUGGAGGGAUUCAUGAUGAGGGAUUUGAAAAAGAUGUAUGAGCCUGCCGAGGUAGGCAUGCACCGUUUAGAUGCCCUGACACAGGAUGAAAUGCUACAGAAGAUCAGAUUUUCAGCGUACUCUGGAAUUCAAAGCAGCACCCAAGACUUUGCCUACCUACCCCGGUAUGUCAUGAACGUUAUCGAUGGUAAAAUAGAUACUGCCCAAUGGAACUACAGGGUCGCAUGCCACCCUAUCAGUGAAGACAUCCCACUGAAGAACCUCAAGCUGGUGGACGAUGUGAGUGUUAGAAUGGCCAACAACCUGACUUAUGAAGAAUACAGGCACAGUCCAGGAGCCAGGUUUGACCUCAAUGAAAAGUCCGACGAUCAAUCCUACGUCUAUGGGUUGUUGGACAAGGUCAUGCAGGAGAUCCCAGGCAAAGACAACUAUGACGCAGUCAUUCACGAUUAUUUCCUCGGUGAGACAGUCGAUGAAAUCAAGUUUGCUAACUUUACCCCACUCAACACGGCAUACUAUCACAGAUGGUACAAGGUUCAGGAUAACGGGGCUAUGGGAGUAAAGAUUGUCCACAGGGGAUUUGCUGAUUCGUUUUUCUUCAUUGCACAGACUACCCAGCCGGAAGUGGCAAGCAUGACUUUUAUAGAUUGUCAUAAGAACCGUACAACUAGGAAAACGGAUUGCGAAACCAUCACGAGACAGUACACUGCUGCUAUACCCCUUGAGAUAAUAUACCUGACCCCUCUCCAUACCUGGAACCCCUACAACAUCCAAUACAAGGGUGAUCACAGCACCAACUAUGGGAAAUCUGUCACUGCUAACAACAGGCAUGGUGGGCUGACCCAGGCCACUGCAUAUGACGGCUCCAACAACAUGAACUGGUAUCAUAUACCUAAAGAGUUCUUUGACCCAGCUGGUUUGAAUGAUCACAACUCAGCCCAUCGUGUGGCGGGUGUUUUGGACUCAAAGGGAACACCAAGACAGGUGAUGGCUUCGGGAGCCCGCACCAUACUUCCGAAUAUCCCAGGACUUGGACCCGUGAGGACUCGUUAUCCCAUUCUGCCAGUGCAUGGCGAGGGGAUGAGCGUCUGGAAGGAACUGGAUGCUCUUAAGGACAUCGCUAUGAACGUACAGAAGCACGCUGCAACGUUUGAGAAGAACCCAAUUCCCGUUGCCAAUGCGACCGCCAUGGAAACUGCAAAGCCGAGCGUCCACUUCCGUGUAGGCCCAUCAGAUUUAGCUCAUGGACACCACACCCACACCAUUAACCUCACCUUUGCACAGAUGGAGUCACUCGGUGCUGGGCAUUCCGUCAGCGUCAAGACAUCCACCAACUCUGGUCACAGUCAUAACGUUGAGGUCUUCGUCCGUCCGGGCACCUCAGGCUUUGAGAUCAAGAGUUGCGAUGGCCACGCUGGAGCGUGUUCUGAUGGUCAUCCCGUGCACCUUACUGUUAUCCAGAACUGAACGUUGAUCAGUCUAUCUGGUGGCAAUAAAUAUAAGCAUAUUU